AGUUCCAUAUCCUCCUGCUUAUAUUUCACCAUUGCUUUAUUUUAACCUUGGAUUUUCUGAUACAAACAAGUUGAGUUCUGAACAAUUAUUCGUUCAGCCAGCUAUUAGAAUGCAAUCCUUACCUCCAGUAGCUAAAUAUUUAGUUGUUGCCAGAAUAGCUUUUCCAAAUUGUACAGAUAGAUUUAUCUAUAAUGCCAGUAUGGAUGGCUUAGAAAGCUGGUUUGAAGAAGCUGAUAGAAUAGUUUGUGAGGGAGAUAUUUUCUCUAUUCCUAUAGACGAGGAAGCUGCAAGAUUAAGACCGCAAAAAGUUGAGGGGGAUGUUGAAACUUUAGAAGACAUUAAAGUUGCUACUGCUCCAUUAAAUCCAACAACUGCUGUCUAUUUUAAAAUUUCUAAAUUGAAACCUCAAAACAAGAAAAAAAUUAUGAUGUAUGGAUAUGGUAGAUUAGUUGAUACCAAAUUAACUAGAAUUGAACAAAUAGGGAUGGUGCAUUCUAGAGUUCCUGCCGUGAAACAAUAUUAUGGAAUUAGUUCCGAAAUUCCAAAAUUACCCAAUUCGAACUCAAUAUUAACAUCACCUGGAACAUCUUAUGCUAAACUUUAUGAUCUAAUUUCAUCUUGUCUUCAUCCAAAUGCCGCAACACUUAAACUUAGUUGUACGGUUCUUUUACAUGGACCUCGGGGUUGUGGAAAGAAAACGACAGUUUAUUGGGUGGCGGAAUCAGUUGGUGUGCAUGUUUUCGAAGUGAAUUGUUUUGAUUUUGCGGGAGAGACUGAUGCAAAAACAGAAACAUCACUUCGUAUGAGAUUGGAUAAGGCAGUGACAUGUUCUCCGUGCGUAUUCUUAUUAGGUCAUGUUGAUGCGUUAGCUAAGAAAAGUGCUGUUCUUGAAACCGGUCAAGAGCCGACCAUUUCAACUAUUUUACAAGAUUGUUUUAAGCAGCUUAUAACAAAUUUUCAAAAUAUAGGAUAUCCUGUAUUGGUCGUAGGUACAACAGGAGAUAUUGACAAAAUCCCCGCAAGUGUAAUUGGAUGUUUUAGGCAUGAGAUUGCUUUCGAAGCACCUUCUGAGCCUGCAAGAUUGGCUAUAUUAGAACGAUUAACGUCUGAUACACCUUUGGCUCCGGAUGUCUCAUUAUCAUCAUUGGCAACACAGACUGCUGCACUCGUACCCAAAGAUUUGGUAGAUUUGGUUGCAAGAGCUGGUUUAGCAUCGCUUGAACGGGUUGAAAUUUCUUUGAAAAAGACAAAUCAAUCCGUAAAAGAUGUGGACAUUGUCCAAGCUGGAAUUACUUUGACAGCCGCAGAUUUUGAAAAAGCUCUUAAUAAAGCAAGAGCGUCAUAUUCUGAUAGUAUAGGUGCACCAAAAAUUCCUAAUGUUACUUGGGAUGAUGUUGGGGGUCUUGCAGAUGUAAAAAAUGAUAUUUUAGAUACCAUUCAAUUACCUUUAGAACAUCCAGAAUUAUUUGCAAUUGGGAUGAAAAAGAGAUCGGGAAUUUUACUUUACGGACCACCUGGUACAGGAAAAACACUUCUCGCCAAGGCAGUUGCAACUUCAUGUUCUUUAAAUUUUUUUUCGGUUAAAGGACCCGAAUUACUCAAUAUGUAUAUCGGCGAAUCUGAGGCAAAUGUUCGACGAGUUUUUCAACGUGCUAGAGAUGCUAAACCAUGUGUGAUAUUUUUCGAUGAACUGGAUUCUGUUGCACCUAAAAGGGGAGAGAAAGGUGAUUCAGGUGGUGUAAUGGAUAGAAUAGUUAGUCAACUUUUAGCCGAGUUGGAUGGGAUGGGACAGGGUGGAGGCACAGCAGACGUGUUUGUAAUCGGUGCAACUAAUCGACCGGAUUUAUUGGAUCCAGCAUUAUUAAGACCCGGGCGAUUUGAUAAACUUCUUUAUCUUGGAGUAAGUCAAGAUCACGAAUCACAACUUAAAAUAAUUCAAGCAUUAACAAGAAAGUUCCGUUUACAUCCUUCAUUGGACCUUGGAGUUGUCGCAAAGAAAUGUCCUUUUAAUUAUACAGGUGCUGAUUUUUAUGCACUUUGUUCGGAUGCAAUGUUAAAGGCAAUGUCAAGAACAGCUGAAGCUAUAGAAACCAAAGUUGCUGAAAUAAAUGCCAAUCCAUCAUCAAAAUUUCCUAAACCUAUUAAUUCGCAAUAUUAUCUUAAUCAUCUGGCUACGCCUGAGGAUACUCUGGUUGAAGUUAAUCAAAACGAUUUCGAUAGAGCCUUAGCUGAGUUAGUACCUUCAGUCUCCGAAAAAGAAUUAGAACAUUAUAAAAUGGUAAAAAUGAGAUUUACUCAACAAGAAGUAAAUAAGUUCGAAAGGAACAAUGAACAGAAUUUGCUCGCCGAAGAAGAAUAUUCUAACAUUAACAUUAUUAGCGGUGGGAGUGGAACUUCUUGAGUCCUCGUAUUACUUUCUUGACCCGGUCAAAAUAUGCAUGAUUAUGUAUGACAAACAUAUUCUUUUCUUGACUCGAAACUCGAUAACUGAUAGUGUGAUAAACAAAAAAGAAUAUUUAAUAAGAAUAACAAUAACUUG